AGCGACACUCGCCAGGCGCCUCUGUCCCGGCGCUGCCCCGCGCCCCCGCCGCUCGAUAAGCAGUUUCUGAGGACUGAGGGACCUGCCCAGGGAACACCUGCUUGUGAGGUGCAGAGGUGCUCAGGCAUGGCUGACCUGGACCACAACCUCAGCCUGGCCGAUGCUCUCACGGAGCCACCCCACGACGUGGAGGAGGAGGUGAAAAGGGACUUCAUAGCCACCCUGGAGGCUGAGAAAUUCGAUGAUGUGGUCGGAGAGACAGUGGAUAAAACAGAUUAUGUGCCCCUGCUGGACGAUGAGGACGAUGCCAAGGCCGGCAGCCAGGAGCCCAAAGGGAGCAAAGGGCACGUGGAUGGGAUUCCCGUGGAACAUUCCUCAGCCUCUGGGCCCAUGGUGGUGGAGAACGGUGACCACGGGCUGCAGGAUCACCACACAGUAUUCCCAGGAGAAAUCAUGGAUGAGAAGAUGUCCUACAAAGAGUUCCUGGACCACAACGACUCCUGGCCAGCAGAGGAGAGGGAGCUGUGCUUCAAAGCCAUGGACAUGGCUGAUCCCUUCAGCAUCCACAGAGGGGAGAACCUGCCAGAUUUAUCCUUCCCCACGGACAUGAAGAACGUGCCACUGUUCCCAGGCCACGCUGAGGCUGCCAGGGACAUCCUUGCUCCACAUGGAUCCAUGAUGGGACCUGAGCAGCCUUUCCUGGCGUCCCUCUAUUCCCCUGCAGAGGCUCUGGACCCAUCAGCCUUCAUUGGCCUCGAGUCAGGCACAGAAUUCCUGCCAGGAAAAGCAGCACCUGAAGAAUACUGGAUGGGAGCUCAGCACGACAUGAAGGGACCAGACACCUCUUUCUUUGUGGAGCCACCAGUGCCCCCUGCAGCCACAGAAGCCAUCAGGACGAGUCUGCCCGAGAGCCCCACGGCAGCAGCAGCCCCUGGGGACGUUCCUGCUGCAGCCUCAGCACUGCCAGGAGAGGCUGCAGCCAGCGAGGGAGCAAAGGGCAGCACCCCAGGUGCAGCCCACACCGCGUCCCUUCCUGCACAGAAGGAGGGGCCUGGAGACCCCAGAGCUGCCCCCGGGGCUGCAGCAGCAGCCAACCCUUUCCAGGCCACACCUUUGGGGUUUUCUCCUGCCCCUGAAGCCAGCCCUGCCAAAGCAGCAGAUGUGGAAUCCCACCAGAACGUGGAUUUGGGAUUUGCCCCAGCAGAAGAUGCAGAACCUCACCAUGCCUUGGAUUUGGGGUUUGCCCCAGCAGCAGAUAACAAAGCUCAGCUCGUCCUGGACUCUGAGUUUGGCCCAGCAGCAGAAGUCAACCAUCACCCUGCCCUGGAUUCUGAGCCUGGCCCUGCUCUGGGUGCUGGGGAGGGGGCACUGGAAGCUCAGCCUGGCCCUGCAGCUGCCCCCAGGGUUGCUGUGUCACCUGAGACUUCCCUUCAGCAAGACAAGUGUCCUGCAGCAGCAGCAGCAGAAGUGGAAGCAGAAUCCAAAGUGCCAGAAGUUUGUGUGGAUCACUCAGAGAAGGUGAAGGAACAGGACAGGAAACCCCCUCCAAGCCCCCCAGAUGAGAAACUUGCAGGGAAAAGCAGCUCCCACCAGGAGCCAGCAGCUGAAGCCAAAGGAGCACUAGAAAAUAAAGACCUUCCAGAAAAAUCUGCUCCUGCCGAGAAUGGUGAGACACAAAAGGAGGAGGAGGCUGAGCACAACCACAUCCAACACACAGAACCUCAGGAGGGGAAACCCCUGCAGGAGCCCCCAGGUCUUCCCACUGCACAAGUCAGGCAAGCUCCCAAAUCCAGGGACCGUGGGUUUGGCAGAGCAAAACCUGCCCCAGUGGCUGUCACAGAUGUGCCAGAGGAGCAGCCCAUAGGUCUCCCACAGCAGAAGAGUCCUGAGCCCAGAGCAGAUCCCUGUUCCACACUGGAGCUUGGAACAUCCCCUCGCUUUAGGGCUCCUCACAAAAAGGUCACCAAUGUCCCCACGGAGCCUGUGGAGAGCUGCAGAGAUCCCCCCCAGGAAAACUGGGAUUUGGAAGGUGCUGUUGUGAAGAAAAAGAAAAAGAAACCGAAACAAAGGAGGAGCCAGGUGCCAAGAGGGCUGGAGAUGUGGGAUGAGAACGGAGCAGCCUCCAGGAACGCUCCCUUUGGGCUGGGGUGGCAGAACCCAGCCCCGUGUCCCAGAACACCCACAGGCAGCAGAGCUCCGGAUGUGCCAAAAGAUGUAAAAAUAACGACUGGGACUCAUAUCCUGGAUGAGCAAAACUCCUUCCCUGUGGCAGCCCCAGGACAGCAGGCCCCAAAAUCCCGAGUGCUGGAUGCCAGGGAGGAAAUGAGAGCAGAGGGAAGCAGAGGUGACAGCUGGGUGCUGGAAUCUAAAGGCAAAAGCAAAGAGGUUCCCUCAGAGGUGGGCAAGACUAAGGGGGAGGAAUCUGCUACAGCAAAGGGACCCACCAAGCCCCCAGAGAGAGAUCUCCCCCAGAAAAAUGAGAAGAGGGAGGACAAGGAGGCAAAAGGUGCCGACCUGACAGUGAAAGCAGAAACUUCCUUACAGACCAAACCUUCAGAAUUGCCCCUUUCCCAUAAAAAUAAGGAAUCUAAAACCCCAUCUCCAGGGCAGGAAGGAGCCAGUGAAUCUGUGCAUCAGCCUUCCCUGGAAACAGCAGCCAUGAAAAACGGGGAAAAAAGCCAAGGGCUUGAAAAGGAAUCCCUCAAACAGCCUCACCUGGAGGACAAGAUCCCUACAGAGCCAAAGGCAGCUGGAGAAGGUCCAGCAGGCACAGAGGGAGGACCGAAGAUGCCAAGAGAUGCUCCUGGAGCUCCUGUUUUAGUGCCACCAAAAGCUGGGGAGGUUCCAGCUGUGCAGGGCAGAGGGGCAGAGGGUGAUCCCAAACACCCCAGCCCUGGCCAGGCAGGGGCCAGGGGGGUGGCAGCAGAUUCCCCAGAUGCAGACAGAGGGAAAGGAUUUGCUGCUCCUGAGCAGCAGAGUGGGAAAGAUCCCAGCUGGACACACGGCAUGGACAGACCUAAAAAGAAGCGCAGUGAAGGGAGAGGAAAACGCAGCAAAAAUGCAAAGGCCGGUUGA